GUCUUGUCCUUGUCAAUUUGUCAUGUUUACAUUUUACAAUAAUAUUUACAUGUUUGGAUUGCAAUGUUGUGAUGUGAAAUUGUGAAUUAUUGAAUUAAAAGUGGCUGUGUAAUUCGCAGCUAGCUUUUGAAAACAUUAUUUGACUAUAUUGUAUUUGGCAAACGGUUACAAAAUGUUAUAAACAUCAGUCCUUCCAAGAACCCAUCAUUCCCAUGUCAUUCCAGGAAAAAUCGGUAUGUCUGAUACUGACGAUACUGAUGAUUUGUUACUAAUUCCUCCUGACUUUUUCGUAUUAGAUUCUGAUUAUAAUCAUUCCGCUAUCAUAGAACCAUAUUAUAAUAUUGUGGAUAAUCUCAUAAGCAAAGUGAACAACUUGCAGAAUCGCAUCACAUCCAUAGAGUCAAGUGAUAGUUUGUUGAGUAAUUCAGUGGAUUUCAUGGAUUCACCCCGUAAAAUGCAUAGUUCUGUAAAUGGAGCCAGAAAAUAUAACAGUAUUGAUGAUUUAUACACCCCCAGCAGUACACAGAGUACUCCUCAAAAACCCCCCACAAAAUUAAGGCUGAAUUCACUACCAGCUAGCCCUAAUGUUGAUAAAUUUGGUAGUGGAAAAAGUUUUCAACAAAGCAGCGCCGAUUUGAAGACCUACAAAAUUCGUUCACCCCAAAAAAAUUAUGAGACUCAGUCUACAAAACCUAAAAGUAAGGAAGACAGCCCCAUGUUAAAUGAAAUAGAUUCUUUCUUAUCAAAGGUGAAAACCAUACAACGUCUUAAUGCUGUGAGAAAUUUAGAAUUUGAUCUGAAUGCUUGUCAAGAAAAUCAAAGGGACUUGACAGAAAAUAAUAUAAAAGAAUGUGAGGAAAUUUCAGCAGCAAAAGUGAAUACAUGGCAAUCAGGAGACAGGAAAGAGAGUGUACCAGAUCUCCACACUGGUGUGAGGGACAUACUUUAUCAACCAGGGGAUUCAUUCACUGAGCAGUUCAGAAAAGAGUCCCAUUUACCAGAUAGUUCAAUAGCAAACAAUUCUGCUAGUAGUUUUGAUAGAUAUCCCCUUUCUGAUAGCAGUACUGAUUCUACCCAGGUGACAGCCUACAAAAAGAAUUACAGUAGAGAUGAUCUGCUGAGAAGUCCUUUACAUUCAAAUGCACUGAGUAUACUCAAUGUUCAUAAGCAAUUACAAGAUGCUGCUCAUGAAAGUAGUGGUAGGAAUAGAAAUAGAGAACACAAACAAAGAAGUGCCAAUACAAUUGUUGACAAGACAGAUUACCUAUUGGACCAAAAUUUGGGGUUACUAAAAUUAGCAGAUAUAUGGAGUACUAAUUCCAAGGUACAUUUGAGUGAGUCCCAUCUCUCACAAAAACUGCAAGAAGAAAAAUUGAGGCGUCUGCAUUGUGAGGAUUUGAUUCAAGAUUUGCAGAAUCGCAAUCUAGAAUUGCAACAAAAAUUAACAGUUGCUGUUAAUGUGGAUGAAACAAAAAAUAAAACUAUCCAACAGUUCCAGGAAGCUCUUGAAAAAAUUGUUAUGAGAUUAGAAAAAUUGAACAAAGAAAAACAUGACCAUGAAAAUGAAAUGUCAAAAUUGAAGAGGAAGCAUUCUCAGGAGAUGGAAAAUGCUGCUCAGAAAUUGACUUCCUAUGAAAAAGAAGUUUCAAAUGCUUUAACUGUGGCCCAUGAAAAUCGGGAAAAAUAUAAAUCUAUGGAAAACAAAUAUUCCCAACUACAAAAUGAAGCAAUGUCAAUGGAAAGGACUCUUAGAGACCUGCAAGUUAAAUACAACAACCAGAUUGAGAAAAAUGAGGGGCUUUCCAAACUACUAGAUGAUAAAGAGGCUGAACUGAUUGAGAAUAAAAAUAACGUGAACACUGCUAGAUCAGAAAUAUCGCAGAGCAGAAAAGCUGUGGAAAUUUGCCAGGCGGAGGUCAGUACGAUGAAAAAAGAACACUCAAUAUUACAAAGCCAACUGAGUGAUUUGAAAGAAGAAGUUUCCCUAUUGAAUGACCAGAAGAAGGAACUUUUGGCUGAGGUUGCGUCUCACAAAAAACGCGAGAUGGAAUUGAACGAUGAGUUGUCAAAGGCGAAAAAACAAAUAGAAAACAAUAAAUUGGAGCUCAGGAAUUUUUAUCAAGGUCAGGUGGAAAUUUUGGUUCAGAAUAAACUGAAAGAGUUUCAGUCGCAAUUGGAUCAGGCUGAAAUGGGUUUCAAGGGGGAGAUUAAGAAGAGAGAAAUGUCCAUAGCGAAAACGGCUGCCUCACAUAUUCAACAAAUUUCGGAAAAAUAUUCUCUCGAGAUAAAGUUGCUCGAGAAAAAACACCAAGAGGAGAUCAAAUUGUACAACAUCCAGAUAAUGCAGCACAAGCAGCAAGCGGAGAACGUGCAGAGCAAACUGGACCAGAUCCAAGAGAAGAGGGUUCAGAUCGCCAAACAACUCCAGAAGAUCAUGGAGUCUCAGUGGACGGAGGCUUUGCGGAUCAUUUCCAGCGGCAAAAGUCCCACGUUGAAUGACGAGUCCGCUUUCAACACUAUCGACCAACUGAACUCGCUCAAAACCAGAUCUUACAACAAUGUCGAGGAAGUUCUAGCACAGCAGCAAGAAGAACAUUACAAUAUAACGAAGCGACAGAAGAAUGGCCAACAAACAGAAAUGGCCGAAUUUCCUCUCGGUCGUGGUCAAGAGGCUUUCAGUUUGGCCAUGGACACUCCUGUCUCCAGCAGAAAUAAAUUCAGCGAGAAUGAUAUACAAAAAUACAUCAAUUUGUUAUUAAAUAGACAUGUCGGCAAUCCGACUCAAGAUGAGGCUUCCAAAGAAUCGGAACAAGCGUCAGAAUCACACGAUAGGGGAGCAUUUUCGUAUGAUUUUGACGAUGCGAGCAAAGAUGGUCUCAGGGGUCUUCAGAAGGAGAAGAAAAUUCCAAAGCCGCCUUGGAAGUAAUAUAGACUUGUAUACCUAAUGGGUUUUAAAAUUUUAUUUAAUUUAUAUGUACAAAUAUGAAGUUGAUAUUUUUAUUUAUGUGUAUAUAGUUUAUAUUACUUUCGAUUUUUAUGACUGAAUAAAAUUACUCCCGGGUCAUUCUA